AUGGCGACAGCAGAAGAGGAAGCGAAAGUAUCUCCCGGCUUCGAGAAGCACUUGGAGCAGAUCGACGUCGAUGAUGACCAAGAUAUCGUGUACGACGACACGGAGCAUGAGCCAGAGUUGCAUUUCCGGACAUGGAUUGCCCUCGCAUCUAUGUUUCUGUAUAACUAUGUCAUCAUCAUUACUCUGCUGUCCCCGCCAACGGUGCUUUCCUACAUCGGAGCUAGUCUCGGCGCGACAGACAUCCAAACAUGGGUGCUGAACUCGCUCACGCUUCCGCAGGCAGUCUUUGCGCCUCUCGUAUCUUCGAUCUCGGACGUUUUCCAGAUUCGUAAGGGGCUCAUGCUUGGGCUGAUUGCGCUAUCGUUCAUUGGUGCCGCCAUCGCACCCGGGUCGCAGAGUAUAUACCGGCUCAUCGGCGCGCAGAUCUUGAUAUCAUUUGGAUUCUCGGCGGCGCCGCUGGGGUAUGCUAUCCCUAGCGAGAUAUUACCCAGGAAAUGGAGGCCCAUGGGACAGGUGUGGAUAAACAUUGCUGCUGGUCUGGCAGCUUGCACAGGACCAUUGAUCGUUGGCGCCCUCACCAAGGCCGACCCGGAGAAUGGUUGGCGGAAGUUGUGGUGGAUUCAGAUGGGCCUCUGGGGGGCCUCUGGAGCGGGUAUCCUUAUUGGAUAUCGACCGCCAAAACGCCAUAGCCGCCUCGACCAUCUGCAAUUUUGGCAGAAGAUACAGCAUCUCGACCUUAUAGGCUAUGGACUCUUCGCCGCUGGGUUAAGUCUCUUCCUCGUUGGGCUCAGCCUUGGUGGUGGAGAGUAUCCCUGGACAAAUGCACGCACACUUGGAACGCUCAUAACCGGCCUGGUCGUUCUGGUGUGUUUCGGCUUGUAUGAGUGGAAAGGCACGUCGACAGGAUUCCUUCAUCAUGACCUAUUCCGAGGUGAACAUGGCAUGGGCCGGACAUUUGCCAUCUGUGUCUGGCUGAUUUUCGCCGAGGCGAUUCUGCUGUUCCCCUACGUUGUCUUCUAUCCAGUCCAGAACUCAACUUUAUUCGAGGAAGAUCCAUUCUUAUUAGCGGCUAGGGAACAACCUUUUUGGCUUGGCUGUCUGUUGUCGACCCCAAUCUGGGGUCUGAUUGGCACCCGUCUCCGGAGGCUCAAAGAGCCCAUGUCAGCGGGUUUCCUGAUUUUCACAGGCGGUAUCGCAGGACUUGCCACAAUCCAGCCAGAUGAUAAUACCAGAACUCUCAUCUUUGCAGCUCUUGCUGGUACUGGCUUUGGGGCGAUCAUUAUCAUGGUCAUUGCUAUGGUGCAAUUUGCUACGCCGCACCACCUCAUUGCAACAGCCACCGCUGUCACGGUAUCAUCCCGAUCUGUAGGGGCGGCCGUAUUCACGGCGAUAUAUGCUGCUGCUUUCUCAGAUCGCCUCAAAGAAAAGCUACCUAGCUACGUUGCCGCAGCGGCUUCGAAGGCAGGUCUUCCACAAGUCUCCUUGCAAGCUUUUGUAGCAGCCUUGGCAGGGCAAGACCAGGCUGCACUGCUCAAGAUCGAGGGUGUAAACCCUGCAAUCAUUUCGGCGGGUGUAGCAGCCGCUAAGCAGGCGAGUGCCGAUUCUGUUAGGGUUGUCUUCAUGAUCGCAGCGCCGUUUGGCAUAGUCGCAGCUAUUUCUUGCUGGUUCACUGCUGAUAUGAGAAAGACGAUGAAUUACAGGGUUGAUGCUCCUGUGGAGAAUUUGACCACGAAGAUACCUGACAGGAAGAGCCAUAACAAUAGCGAUGUUUGA